UCACGUGAUGUCGAUGACCGUGACGUCAGCCUACACAGAGGAGUCUUUCUAAGCGGACGCUCAGACCUCGUGUGUGAUCUCGCCUGAAAGGCCGCUGAAAGGCAGCGUUCGCUGCAGCCAUGAAUCUGGGAAUAUGCUUCGUCACACUGGUGCUCAUGCAGGCUUCCCGUGGCCAGGAAAGUUUCCCGGGCAGCUCGCCGCUCUCCUGGCUCCGGAACCGUGUGUUCGGAUCGAAGCAGAACGAACAGCGGUUCAUCGACCGCGUGGCCGCCGCCACGCAAAGCCUGGCGGCCCUGAUGAAUGACCCCGUCGUGGUCGCCGAACUGAACAGGUACUAUGGGCUGAUGCUCCGUAACCCCGAGGUCAACAAAAUCGUGGACUCGGUACGACCCUCAACCACGCGACCAGCGACCCGACGCGUCUCCGCCGCACUUCCGGAAAUGACGUCAUCUCAGACGACGUCUCCUCUGACUUCGCGGGCAACGAAAGAGCCGCAGUCACCGACGACCACGGCCAUUCCGACGACCACCGUUCGGCCCGCGAAUGCCAGCGCACCAAAUAAGGCCGCGGACCAGGGGAAGCAGCCCGGCAGCAUCGUGAGCACCGUGCGGGGAGUCAAGUACCGCUUCUACUUCGACCCGAAGUUGGUGGUUCGACCGCUCGACGGACCGAGCUUGCGGGCCCGCGUCCGCCGGCACUUGAACUUCGUGAGGCUCAACGACGUGGAGAACUGCAUGUCGUUCCUGAUCUGCGAGAUGUCACGCUACCCGCUGGCUUACGGACCGCUGGGCGUCAAGGUGGAUCGCUUCUUCAGGUAUCCCAUGUGGGACACGGGCUCUUCGGCUGCGCACUACGCCGCCAUGGCCCGACAUGGCCGCCGCGACGGGGGUUGUCGCGGCCGCAUCUCCUCCUGCCGGCACCCGAUCGGCCCGCUGUUCCAACGCCGAUACAGCUUCCGAUACGGACACUUUUGAGCGUCAACAGCAGCACAUUGCUUCAUCGCGUCCCAAGGACGGUAUACGCCUACCGGCAACUUCAUCACUUCCAGCGAUCACUUCACCAGACCACAGUAGGGAUGAUGUCCACGUGCUUUUCUGGCGGAAACAGAGCGUGCGGUUCCUUCACUUGCGUGCAAUAAAUGCCAAGGGAUCCCUGCGUUGCGUGUCGCUUUCAACUUAUCUGGUU